UUUUGUACAGUGCAUUGAGUGACUUGUGUAAUAAUAAGUGAACGAAUUGAUAUGUGAUGUUGGAUGACAAGGCUAGUGUGUCUCUUCUUCUUCUUCUUACAAAAAACAACAGAGACAGAGAAGGUGAUGUGAUAUAUCUGUUUAGCUAAUGUCCUUUGUUGCAUAGAGAAGAAAGAAAUGAAAUAUUAAAAUGAGUUGAAUUUCCUUGAUGAAUGUUGGGUGAAAAAUUAGUGAGUCAUAAAUUGGGUUGUGAAGUUCAAGAUUGGUAGUGUAUCCAUAGUGUGAGGUUAGAAUCAGAAAAAUAUGGAGAGAGUAGAUAUACCAUGUUGGAAAUUCAUUAUCAAGUUGGAUAAGUUGCGCACAUUCAUGAGCCUGGAAAAAGCCGUGUGCAACCACGGGUUUUUCAUGAUGGCUCCCAACCAUUGGGAUCCAUCCACUAAAAGCUUUUCUCGUCCUCUGCGAUUAGCAGAUUCCAUCACAUCUGCUAUGACUUUAAUUUCACAACAUGAGGAUCAUCUUGUCAUUAAGGUUUAUGGUGCAGCUGUUCUUUCCCUUAAGGAUGAGGGAGCUAUCAAGUCUCAGGUGAAGAGAAUGCUGAGACUCUCUGAUAAGGAUGAACAAGAUGUGACAUGUUUUCAUAAGCUUCAUCCAGAUGCUGAGGCCAAAGGAUUUGGUCGCUUGUUUCGAUCGCCAACCUUAUUUGAAGAUGUGGCCAAGUCUCUUCUUCUUCGCUUUUGCCCGUGGAAGACAUCUUUGGAUCUGGCAAAGGGUCUUUGUGAUGUACAACUGAAAAAAGUCAUGUCCAAAAGAAAGAGACCAAAUAUUAAUAUUGGAGACUUUCCGAGUCCAGAAGAAUUAGCAGGUUUCAGAGAGGAAGAGCUAAAAGGCAAAGGCAAAUUUGGAUAUAGAGCAGCGGACUUGAUUAACUUGGCUAAACAAGUUGUUGAUGGAAUAAUUGAGCUGUCUAAAUUUGAAAUUGCUGAUGAACCAAGUGCAAGGAUUAAGCUGAAGAUAAAUGGUGCUGGUCCUUUUACCACUCAUACUAUCAUGAUGUGUACUGGAUACUAUCAUAAUAUUCCAAUUGACACUGAAACGCUGCGUCAUAUGAAACAGUUUCAUAGACUUAAUAUGAGAAAGCGUAAAAAGGGAUCGAUUAGUCUCCAAAUAAAAGACAAAAUACAACAAUUCUACAAGAUUUAUCAUCCAUUUCAGUCUUUGGCUUACUGGUUUGAACUUGUCAACUCUUAUGAAAUAAAACUUGGUAAGACAUUAGCUGAGUUAUUACCAUCAGAAUAUCACCAUGCCACUGGAAACUACGAAAAGAAGAAGAAGAAGAAAUAUUAAGGAUGGAAGCUUGGGAGUGAUGGCUUUGAGCAGAUGUGAUGUGUUAACUCUAUAAAUUAAUAAGGUUAAUUAAGAUGUUUGGUUGAUCAGAAAUAUUUGUUUGUGUGCGGAUUGUUAAUGCUGACUUUAGUGUGGGUGCUUCAUUUUCUGUCACAUGAAGUUGCCUCGCAAAAGAAGAAAAGUUCAACUAGACAAAUGGAUAUAAAGAAAACUUGUUUGUUUGUGUUUGAAAGAGUUACUGUACGUUUUAGUAAGACUUUCAAUUUAUGAAAACUCCACUACUCUGUGUAAAA